AUGGGUCACAAACCAACAAAUAAAAAGAGGAUGGUUGAGGUGAAGAGGCCAGUUUAUGAUUUUCCUCUUGAUGAUUUUUCGAUUUUUGGAAAGGUUUCGGAUGAGGAUUUGAAGCUCAAUUCGACCUAUGCUUUGCAUACAGCUUUGUGUUACAUUCCACCAGAGUCUAUAUGGGAUCCUGUUCAAGAUAUAAGACAGGAAAUUGAUAAGGGAAUGGAAAGAUGGCCUCCUCAUGUGAACUUGUUAUUUCCUUUUAUUCCAGAAACAUGUUUUGAUUCGGCUUUGAAAUUAUUGACUCAAGAAUUGCAAGAUUUCAAACCUUUCGAAUGCUCAUUCGAUUCAAUUUCAUAUUUUGAAAAAGGAUCUUCUGUCUUGUGGGUCAACCAAAACGAAACUGCAAGAAAUAACUUUAUAGAAUUACAAAAACGAGUUGCUUCCCUCUUUCCUUAUUGUGCUAAGAAGAAAAACGAAACUGGAGAAUUCAUUCCACACAUGACUGUUGGUUAUGCACCAAAAACAAUUGUGGAAAAAGUUCACAAACAAUUGAGUGAGGAUUGGAAAACUCAAACUGUAACAGUUGGAGAAAUUUGCAUGAUUUACAGACCUGAUGUGGAUACUUGUUUCAAAAUUAUUCACAAAGUACCACUUGGAAAGUAA